AUGGAAGAGUCCGGCGCCUCGACCACGCCGGAGGACCCGGACCCAGGCUCUGAGAGCCGGCCCAAGUACGAAGACUUUGCUCACCACCAACCCGUCUACAGCGAUUGGCCCCCUGGAUCAACCGCGCCUCCAGAGACAACAACGUCUCAGAAUGUCGAAGACUGGCCUAGACCGGCCACAGCCCCCGCUGCCGAGUUUCAAUCCACCUCGCCCGAAAUCACUUCGCCUGAGGCCGCCGUCGCCGCCGCCGUGAAGAAGGAAAAGGGCCGCGUGCGCUUCAAUAGCACCGCUGGCGCCCAUCUCCGACCGCCAAUCACGCCCAGCGUGCCGCAGACGGGACCCGAGCGACGCAGCUCCCCAGCGCCGCCGCGGCCCUCUGCGCUUCGUAACCAUUCCUCCGGCUCGAUCCCAACCUCAGACUACUUUGCGCGGGAGGCUGCUGCGGCUACCGCAGCCAGCAAGCAGGAAGCCAGCAGCAGCUUUGUCGAUGAUGCAUCCGAGAAGCAGAUCUCGGCUGUUGCCGCUCAGGAACGGGCGAAAAAGGUGGCUGACAAGCUGCAGCGCGGGUCGCCCACGCCCUCGCGGAACUCGUUCGAGUCUCAUCCGGCCAGCGUCGACGGUGACGCAGCGCCAUUCCCCAGCGACGGCAGCAUUCCUCUUCAGAACAUGGGCCACGCGCGCUCAGAGUCUGGCGACGACCAGUGGCAGCUACUACAACAACUCGAGGAGCCCCCCAAGAACCAAAAUGAUGAAGCCUACGAUCUCGUCCGCUCGCACACCAUGCGGAGGCAGGAAAAGACGCCCGACGACGUGACCGUGGUCGACCCGGAGGAGCAGGCGGCGACCGCCAACCACACCAUGGAGGUGGACGACUGGAAUGCCGGCGGCUACGACGGCGUGGUCUCGGUGCCGACGCCGAAACACUACCGAGGCGGCGUGCUCUCGCAGCUGCUCAAGCUCUACAAGCCUGCGGACGCGAGCCAGCCGCGGCGCCCGGGCCAUCACCAGCGCAACAUCUCGGCCUCGUCGGCGGGCCACACGUCCGGCUCCGAGUCGGGUCACACAACGCCCAGCCGCCGGAAGUGGUACGAGCAGAACCGGUCACAGGACACGCUCGCAAAUCUGAUCGAGGCCUCUGCGCGCCUGGCCAAUCCCAACACUGGCAACAGCGCUGGUGGCGUGGGGUCGAGCUCGGCGUCGCCCAAGAAGAAGCGGCCCAAGGCGAAGCGCGUGGGCAGCAACUCGCUCUUCCACCACCAUCAAAAGGAAGAGACGCGCAUCGCGGUCCACAUUGCAGGCAUCCUUGCGCGGCAGGGCUACAUCAUCAAGCUAUGCCGCGCGCUCAUGCUGUACGGCGCGCCGACCCACCGUCUCGAGGAGUAUCUGAGCAUGUCUGCGCGAGUGUUGGAGAUUGAGGGCCAGUUUCUGUACUUGCCUGGAUGCAUGGUGAUUUCAUUCGACGACACGUCGACGCAUACUACGGAGGUGCGCAUUGUGCGUACCAUCCAGGGUAUCGAUCUCGGCAAGCUCAAGGAUGUCCACCAAGUCUACAAGGAAGUCAUGCACGACGUGAUUGGCGUGGAGGAGGGCACGGAGCGCAUCGAGGCCAUCAUCGCCGCGCGCGAGAAAUUCCACCCGUGGACUCGUGUGCUCAUUUUUGGACUGACGAGCGCCACGGCGGCGCCAUUUUCUUUCAAGGCCCGCUUCAUCGACCUGCCCCUCGCCUUUUGCUUUGGCUGCCUCGUCGGAGCGCUGCAGCUGAUUGUGGCGCCCAAGUCGAACAUGUACAGCAACGUCUUUGAAGUCAGCGCAACGGUCAUUGUGAGCUUCAUGGGACGUGCCUUUGGCAGUAUCUCCAACAGCAAUCUGUUUUGUUUCUCUGCCAUUACGCAGGGCGGCAUUGUCAUGUUGCUCCCUGGUUACUCAGUUUUAUGCUCUGCGCUUGAGCUACAGGCUCGCGCCAUUGUGCCAGGGUCGAUCCGAAUUGUCUACGCCAUCAUCUACUCUCUACUCCUCGGCUUCGGCAUCACCGUGGGCGCAUCACUCUGGGGCAUCUUUGACAAGAACGCCACUUCCAAAGCACAGUGCGCAGAUCCCAUGAGCCCUUAUGUCGCAUUCACAUUUGUACCUCUCUUCAUCAUUUGCAUCAGCAUCCUGUACCAGGCAAAAUGGCGUCAGAUGCCCGUCAUGGUCGUCAUUGCAUUCUCCGGCUACAUUGUCAACUAUUUCAGCAGCGUGCGCUUCGUCGCGAGCCCGCAAAUCGCAAACACCCUCGGUGCGCUCUGCGUUGGUGUACUUGCCAAUCUGUACUCGCGUAUUCGCCACGGAGUCGCCGCGGCCACUCUUAUUCCCGCCAUCUUUGUUCAGGUGCCUGGAGGAUUGGCGGCGACUGGCGGCCUGCUGAGCGGACUGAGAACGGCCGACAUGUUGACAAACUCCAACAGUACCGAGACGCCAACGGAAACCACACAAGCAAUGAGCACGGUCGUGUUUGAUGUGGCUGCGUCGAUGAUUCAGAUUGCCAUUGGUAUUGCCGUUGGCCUGUUUUUGAGUGCGCUCUUGAUCUACCCCCUCGGUAAACGCCGCAGUGGACUGUUCAGUUUCUAA